AUGGAUGCACCAAGCGGAUGGAACGCUGCCAAGGCAGUACUGGUGUCGUUCGUCGCCUGGACGACUGUGUUCACCGUCGUCUGCUGCCUGCAACCCCGUCGCAGCUACGGCUGGAACAGCCGCAUCGUAGGGGCCAUUCACGGCGUCACGGUUUCCACCAUGUCACUCUCUACGGCCACGAGACUCAACUUCUUCGCCGCCCAUCACGCAGUCUCCAUGGCUGGGAUGAUGACGUCACUCUGGAUGGGCUUGUCGGGCACAGAGGUCAGCGCCGCCAUUGGUCUCAUGGAGUGCACGAACCCCAUGCUGCAGCUACGCUGGUUCCUACGCGAAGAGGGCAUCCACAAGGGAAACAUGUGGUACGAAGUCAACGACGUCGCCUUCGUGGCCAGCUUCCUGACAAUCCGCGGCGUCGUCUCGCAGUAUCUCGUGCACUGCGUGGUCGCGCACCCGCUGCCGGCACGCGCAGUCAAGUUCCUGGGGAUCGCGAUGGGCCUGAUGAACGCCUCACUGGUAGUAGGGUUGGUGCAGUACGCCCUCAAGAGGUUGAUGGCCGUUUAUAAGGCAUGGAAGCGAGGGGAGAGCGUCAGUGAAUCGACUACAGCUUCCAAGAGCGGCAGUAGCUGUACUACAUUCGAAGAAAUUACAAUACAUAAAGAAUUUGCCUUAGCAUUAGAAUACAUCAGACAUCACUGGCUGAGUCACAAAAAAAUUUGAGACAUUCGCCAGUGUUUUCUGCUAGCCUCUUAGAUUGAAUAUGAACUGAUUAACUCAGGUAUCUGACAAUAGAGAAGCAUCUGCUCCAGCACAGACGUUUGGUAAGCUAUCGAAAAAAACGCACAUAGGCAUGGUAGCAGUUUUUAUUGCAUUGACACAAGCGAAGAAAAUAGAUGUAAACACAUGUAUCACCAGUAACUUAGACUGAGUGCGCCCGCUGCGUCACGUUACCUAGGGGUAUCAACCUAGGGCGCUCACAUAGCUAGGGGGCUAUCAGUGUUGAAUUAAUUUGGACUUUACGUUGCUCUUCCCUAGUCAGCCAUCCCGUCAUCCCACACGGUCGUCGCGCUUGGCCCGGCAGCGCAGCUCGCAUAACCCUUAUAAGGCGCCCUCAUUUGAUAGCCUUUAUUGAACACUGUGGUCGAGAUCGGACGGCCUUUCUUGCCAUGGGUUUAGCCAUAGACAAUUAGAAGUUUCGCAAAAUUAACAUUAAUUAGUUUCCGUAACACAGAAAUGAAUGUUCCUGUUUAUAUAGAAAAGAACUCCUCCCAUCCAAACAUUUACUCUCGGAUAACGUAGCCUACUUGGACGCCGCCAUGUUGCAUGUUGCUCGUCACUAACUACCAGCGAUAACCGAUUGUUUGUUCGCGGCGUUCGAGCAGCAGACCCACGAACAACAAAUUGAGCUGUUCGUAAACAUACGGGAACAAGCCGCCCGAACUCGGCCUGUGUGUUAUAUAUGUACGUCACCAGUAAGUAAGUCCGACUUGACGGAUAAGCCAAUCGGACCCCCGGUGGUGAUAUGUGGUUAUUAAGAAUUUAAAAUGAACGACAUGACCUUGCGUAAUGUGUACAAGUCCGGCAAUGUGAUUGGCUGAUACCACUUUUUGUAGAUGAGCCCCUCUAGUAAUACAUGGACACAAGAGGGCGCAAAGCUAUUAGGUACGGCGAGCGGUCUCAAUAUUCAUCCAAAGUAGAAACGAAGAUGUUACAGAGAGCCAGACUUGAGUCAAGUCUAUGUUUGCCCCGAAUAAAGCCAAUAGUCAUACAGAACUCAGCGCGUCAUUAAUUUCAAAACUGUACCGACCGUUGGCUUUAUUUUGACAACUUUAGAACUCUUGAAAACCUGCGAGAAGCCACGCCCCCAAAAUAACACCUACGCGAUGUGGAUAUUUUUGUCUCCAGGUUAUUUCCCGGUCAUGUCACGCACUAGUGAAUCUGUAUGACUAUUUUAUGGCUGUUAAUGCUCCCAUCAACUCCCCCCUUUAUCUACACUUCAUUAGCUACAAACUCUAAAGGGACAUAACCAUGGUAAUGAUCAGUGGAAUGGACGCUGAUCUGCCAAGUGUCUACUGAUACGUUGGACUAGCUCACCUGUGUAAUUAAAGAUUAAUAACGAAAACCCUCCAUUAGCUAUCACAUAAUGUUAAUCUAAACUGUGUUAAGUCUGGCUCCCUGACCGGUGCAGAUUCUAUACGACUCUGGGAUAAAAUCUUAUAUCAUUCACCAAUGGCUAAAUAUACUUCA